UUGUUGUCCUCAGUGGUGUAGACAAACUGUUCCAGAUCAUUGUUCGUUGUCAUGUCCGAACUUUUUCUGGACCUUCUGCAUGUAUAUGGUCGUAAUCACUUUCGAGACAUGCCGGUUUACCUGAGACCUGACUAUUAACCUGAGAAUCAGUUUACCAGUGUAACCACAUAAACAAGGUUAUGAAGAGACAAGGGAUGCCAUCUUCUGUUGGAUUUAACCCAUGUAACUGUUGCAAAUAACUUUGUCCGUUGCAAUGUUUCAGCCACCAAUCUUUCCCAUGCAUUCCGCCUCGGCGCUCCGACAAAAGAGCGGGCUCGCUACCGACCCUGGGCAAACCCCAAACCCUCGGGAUAGGACGUCUUUACCUCGUCACUGCAGCAUGCCAAACAUUAUAGGUUUUGACGGAGUCGGUCUGGGUACUCUUGACACCAGGAAAAACAAUGGCUACUUUCCACCCAGGAAACUAAAAUCAUCGAAGGGCACCCCAAGAAUGACACCAACCACACGAAGUCAACAGCUCAGUCCUGACAACUCACUUGCCCUGGAAACGCGCUUAGGCGUGACGUCACCACGACCUCUCACCGGCAAUUCGUCGUCUGCUAGUGAUGUCUACAUGAAACGGGACCGAUUCCGGCCUAAAAAAUCUCGCGAGACCCCAAGAACUGGAGGGAGAUUUAGUGCACGUUACACGCCUGAUCCGUCCGCCAACGUAAAAGUCCCAGAAAAACUGACUUUCCAGAAAUCCAAAGGUGAAGAGGAAAUAUUUACCGGGGAUCUGAGUUACCUGACAAAACCAAAAGCCGUAGAACCAGGACGAUGUUCACCAUGGGUGUACAGAUACAAGGUUAAACGAAGCAUGAAUAAUCUGGCUAAAAUUAUGGCCAGUCAGCCAAAUUCCACCACGAUGGGAUAUAGGUUAGCCAGAUGAGUUAUUCAACCAUGGAUCUGACCUGACAAAGUGGUCCAUGGCGUGAUAUAUACCGCUUUACCACGCGACGAACUCAUAAUACAUGUACCCAGGCGGUAUAUGAAUAAUAAAAAAAAGAUGGCGUUUGGAACUAUGUAUAAUGGGAGAUUCCUUUCCCCAAAAUCAGCCUGAGUCAAAACAACUUUUGAAAUCUAUAACAUUAACUAUAGUUCGUUCCAAGGAAGGAUUGUCAUUUCGAUGUCUUUUCAUAAAAGUUGUCCUGUCCAGUCGUGCAUUGUUUUAUAUGAUCAUGUCGUGUAACAAGUC